CGGGCUCUGAGUGCCCGGUGCGGAAGGGUCCGGCCCGGCCCAGGUCGGAACAAAGCGGCGGCGGCGCGGCAGGCCCGGCAUGGCGGCGCGGCCGGCCCCGCUCCGUCUCUGGCUGUUCCUGCAUCUGCUGCCGCAGGUGUACUGUGAGUAUGGGAUGGUACAUGUCCUUUCAGAGAAGGGGAGCAGCAAAGGAAAAGACUACUGUAUACUCUUCAACUCUCAGUGGGCCCAUUUGCCACAUGAUCUGGGUAAAGCUUCACUCCUGCAACUGCAGGAUCAGACAGCAUCUGUUUUGUGUUCUCCUUCUGAUGUACCUGAUGGGGGAUUUAAUAAUCAAAUCCCCAUGGUGAUGCGAGGAAAUUGCACCUUCUAUGAGAAAGUGAGGCUUGCUCAGAUAAAUGGGGCCCGUGGGCUGCUGAUUGUUAGUAGAGAGAGACUGGUUCCUCCUGGAGGUAAUAGGAGCCAGUAUGAAGAGAUUGAUAUUCCUGUGGCUCUGCUUAGCUAUACUGAUAUGUUAGAUAUUGGCAAGAGUUUUGGCAGCUCAGUGAAAGGAGCAAUGUAUGCACCAAAUGAACCUGUGCUGGACUACAACAUGGUGAUUAUCUUUGUCAUGGCCGUGGGGACUGUUGCAAUUGGAGGCUACUGGGCAGGAAGCAGAGAUGUGAAAAAGAGGUACAUGAAGCACAAGCGUGAUGAUGGGGCAGAGAAACAUGAUGAUGAAACAGUGGAUGUGACUCCCAUCAUGAUCUGUGUGUUUGUAGUGAUGUGCUGCUCAAUGCUCGUCCUCCUUUAUUUCUUCUAUGACCACUUAGUCUAUGUUAUAAUAGGAAUAUUCUGCCUGGCUGCCUCGAUUGGUCUUUACAGCUGUCUGUCUCCCUUUGUAAGAAGAUUCCCCUUGGGAAAGUGUAGAAUCCCAGACAACAACUUGCCAUAUUUUCACAAGCGCCCCCAGGUCCGGAUGUUGCUCCUGGCAGUGUUUUGUAUCUCUGUCAGCGUAGUCUGGGGAAUCUUCAGAAAUGAAGAUCAGUGGGCCUGGGUUCUGCAAGAUGCUUUAGGAAUUGCUUUCUGUCUUUACAUGUUGAAAACAAUUCGCCUGCCUACGUUUAAGGGUUGUACCUUACUCCUCCUGGUUCUUUUUGUGUACGAUGUAUUCUUUGUAUUUAUCACACCUUUUCUAACAAAGACUGGGGAGAGUAUAAUGGUGGAGGUGGCUGCAGGCCCAUCUGAUUCUGCCACUCAUGAAAAGCUCCCAAUGGUCCUGAAGGUUCCACGACUGAAUUCCUCACCAUUGGCUCUGUGUGACAGGCCUUUUUCUCUCCUAGGAUUUGGAGACAUUUUAGUUCCAGGCUUGCUGGUAGCCUAUUGCCAUAGAUUUGAUAUUCAGGUGCAGUCAUCCAGAGUCUAUUUCGUAGCCUGCACAAUAGCAUAUGGCAUAGGCCUUCUUGUGACCUUUGUUGCCUUGGCACUGAUGCAGAUGGGCCAGCCUGCUCUCCUCUACCUGGUGCCCUGCACUCUCCUCACCAGCUUGGUGGUGGCCCUCUGGAGAAGGGAGCUUGCCAUGUUCUGGACGGGCAGCGGCUUUGCGAAAGACCUACCUCAGCCUCCUGUGGUGAUAGCUCCUGUCAACUGCCCUCAGCUUCCCAAAGACAGCAGUGUGCCAGCCUGUCAGCAAGACACAGAGCAAAUGACCAACCCCACCCUCCACGUGGAGGAGCUGCGCAGCUCCGCCUCGGCUGAAGAGGAGCAGGCUGAUACCAGCACAAAGACAGAGCAGCCAGAAAUCUCUGUGGCCCACAGUGAGGAACCAACUGCUCAGAAUAAGGAUGACCUUGAAAGCAAAUGCCUAAAUGCAGAACAAAACCAGUUGGAAUAAGUGAUGUGAUAAGAACUCCUUAACUUUCCCUCACAAACAUACAUAAAACCAGUAUGUAUUUAGGACUGGUUUAGUAGGGUUUGCUUUCAUUGAGGAACCUCACUAGGAGUCUGAUCAUCAAAUCCAACAAGGAAUGUUCUGUCUCCAGCUUUGGUACAGCUAUAUACUUAAAACACCUUUCUGAAAUAUGGUGCUCUCCAGGAGUUCUGAUAUGUGGGUUUCAAUGAUCGCUGUUAGUGAAUGCCUUUGACCAUUUGUUCCCUUUGCAUUAGAGCAGGGUAGCAUCAAGAGUCUUUAUUUACUCUGUGCUUGUAUGGCUGUUUCACUGCUUCACCAUGACGUAGAUUAACAUGGAGGAAAAGCAUUGAACAAAUCUGCUACAAUGCUUACUUGAGAGAAAUAUGGUCUGGUUGUUUGGUUUGUUUUUUUGGUUUUUUUUUGGGGCACUUUCCCUAUUGUCACCAUUUACUUUACUUCUCCUGACUUGUCAAAGCCAUUGAUAUAAGGGAAUGCAUUAUUAUAAGCAUUAUUAUAAACUGACAUUCAGGAAAUGCAGAUAAUGGGUAAAUUACCAUUACUCCUAAAGGCUUUAUGCUACCAUGAUGCAUUAAAUGCAUCUCUUAAAUUUUUGUCUUUGUUUUUACUUCUAGGAACCUGAGCUACUAGUCUAGUUUAAAAGGCAGGGUGAGUAGAGCUCCAGGAAGCUUUCUAGGCAUUCAUAUGAACUCUAAGGGCUCUGAUAAUAAACAGGGUUGGUCACAGAAUAAUGCCUGGAAGCAAAUGCAUAUUAGGAAUGUUUAGAAAUAAAAUAUAAGCCAAAUAAGUGAAAAAAAAAAUUAGGUAGUAGCACUAUACUAAGCUUAACAGGCAGCAUUUUCAUUGGGAAAAUGUUAAAGCGCAAAUGUUCUUAUGUUUGGAGCUUUGAGCUUCUAUUUGUUCUUAAUUCAAGGAAUAUAAUUGUGAUUUCUGAUUCUGAAGAAAAUAGUCUGAUUUUUCAUUCCCAACGGAGCACAUAUGGUGCUAGAGACAGGUGUCAUUUAAAAGCUACUUGCUGCUCAGUAACUUACCAACUGCCUAAGUGAUGUUUUGUCUUUGUCCCAAGAACAGCCAAAGCAUAGUCUGUCAGGUUCUGGAAUGAACCUGGGAGCUCACUCAUUAUUUUGUCUUUCUUGCUACAUUGUGAAGGAAUUUGUGAAUUUAAAAAUUUUGGAGUGCAGCUGGUCUUACUUCAUAUUCCUGAAAUUGUUUGUUUUCCUGUAUAACAUGAUUGAGUCUUUUGUGCAUCAGCUUUUGUACAUAGAAAGAUGAUGGGAUUUGUGUAUUACUUGUUCCAUCUAAGUACAUUUGGCUUUAUCAGAGGAGUCUGUUCUGCACUUAUGUUGCAAUUCCAGAAAGCCUCAAACACUUCACACAAAAACUGAAAUAGAAAAUUGAAGUAUUAUAGGAUCCUUGGAUAUGAUUCCAGAUUGCGUGGAAGAAAUACUCUCAAGUAUUUGGGAGCCCAAAAUGUAAUUCACAAAAGUAUUGUUGCAGUGAUGCAAUCAGAGGCAUUGCUGUUGAAUUGAGAGUCUCCACUUGGCAUGUUGAGUUGGACUUGAAGGGCUCUCUUUUCAAGAAUGUCUGUUAAAUAUCAGCCAUUGUCUUUUUGGCUAGAUCUUCCAAAAUUUUGCCCUGGGCUUUUUGGAUGAAAGCUUUUGUGGACAUUCUUUCUCUAGAAUAGAGCAGCUUUCUCUAUAACCACACUCUGGCUUCCAAGUUUUACCAAUUUCUGCUUAAAGCUUUGAACCUUGUCUGAUAGGAUGAUUAAUGAAGUUUUUUGGAGGGCUCCCUGGGUCCAAUGGCCAACACAAUGUUUAAUUUACAAAUUGCCCUAAUGGAAGAUAGUACUAAAGCAAUCUGCUUUUCAGUCUUCUCUUUAAUGGACCCUUACUUUGGCCAGCAUUAACCUGAACCGGUUAUUACUAAUAAAAAGCAACAGAAACAUUUUACUUCAAUUAGCUGGAUUAUGCCUUAAGUCUUUGUGUAAGUAUGGUUAUUAAAUUAAGAAAGCAAUCUUGUGUUUAAAUAAGAGCUUGACAAAUAGCAAGGUAAGUUGGAGACUGACUCAAAGUUCUCUUGGUUUUUGCCUUGAUCAUCUCUUAGUCAGAAUGUUGUUUGGAGUAGCUUUCUACAUAUUUAAAGCCAGUAGCUUUCUGAUGACAGAGCAUUAGGUAUUAUCAUCUACUUGAAAGUGUACUUUCACAUUUGUUCUCCUGUGUGGUUAGGAAACAGUUUAUUUCAGAUUGUUCAUAGCUCAGUUAAAACAGAAGAACUGGUCACACUGAACUAGGCAUUUCACAGUUGUAUUCUGGACUUUCUGCUUCACCUCAGGUUUUGAGGAAUUCCCAUCUAUUUUUAAGUGUAAUUUUUUUUCUCCUGAACAACAAAGAAUGCAGGGAAAAAAAAUCCCAAUUUCUUCUCAGUGCAGUACCUCCAGUUAAAGCCUGUGAAGUGGUAACAAUUUACAGACUUUGACUAUCUCAGUACUGUACAAAUCAGGUGACCCUGGUGCUCCAGUUUGGCUGUGACUGUUUGGACCCUGAUCCUUGGGCAGAUCAAUCCCUUCCAUCAAACAAAAGGCUGUAUUUUUUUAUCUUUAAAAAAGCUCCCUGUUCAGCUUAAUUUAAAACUUAAUGUUGUAUAGGAAAAUAUGCCUAUCAGUUCAAUGUGACUGACUCUGAUUUUAUUUGAUGAUUUCCAAUACACAUUCCACACCAAACUUGAGUUUUAAUAUUUAAAGUAAUUAAAGUAAUAUUAAUGUUAAAAAUAAUGUUGAUAGGCUUCUUGUUUAUGUCUUUCACAUACUAAGCCUUAUCUGUCUAGAAAUUCAGUAAGGGUUCUGUUCCUGAGAACUUGUAUGUGUUCAGGCGAAGCACUUCUUUUAGUCAAAAAAAAAAAAAAAAACCACAAAAACCCCAGUAAUAAUCAACAGCACUAAAACAAAAAUCCAUCUGAGAAAAUUUGACUCUUUGGACCACAUAAUGAGGGUCAGAUUCCUUCCUCAGGUGUUUGUUUUGGUCUGUUCCCUGCUGAAGGAUUGCCCAAAUGCAGCUGAAGGUAGAGUGGAAUAUCAAAGACUUUACAGAGGAUGACAAGAGAAAAGUAUCUCAAACUCUCUUUGAAUUUUGCAGAUUUUACUUUUCUUGUUAGAAAUGAAGAGCAUUUUAAAUGAAAUAUAUAAAAAAGAAACAAAAUAAUAGAUUUGAAAAUAUAUUCUGUGUUUACUAGUGGCACUAAAAUAAAAGUGCAUCCACAUAUGUAAGAAUUACACUUGUGAAAAUAUUAAACAUUUUCUCUAAACUUGGACAGAUCCAGACAACAGAAAAUCUGCUGCACAGCCUAUUUUCCAGAAGAUGUAUUAACAUACUUCAUAGAAAACUUCAUUUAGAAAACUGUUUCCAUAUUUCUUGAACAUUUUCCAUGGUCUUGGAUAAUUGGUCAAGCUUUUUCUUCAGAGGAUGAUGCUCUUUCCUUACAGUACCUCUCAAUAUGGCUCUUGUUAAGAGUGUCUUGACAGUAUUCUUCAGUCAUGCACAUUUCAGUGUUUCAGCUUUGAUUUUUGCCUUCCUGCUGCAUUGUUCCAACUGGGAACAGAUCAUGACUGCCAUGGUAGUGCCUGUUGACUUCUGAGUAUGCUGGAAAGUGGUGCUGACAUUAAUGAAUGCUGCAGUCAUUAAUGAAUUUAUCUGCCUCGGGGAGAUGCUGUGAAUUUACCUGCAGCUCUUUAAAAAAGCCAAUACUGGAUGUUUGAGAACAGUGUUGCCUUGAAGUCAAAGCUCGUGUGCGCUGCUUUAGUGCUAGACCCAGUGCUUUUGUUCUUGUCUUCAGCCCCGUGGCUGUGUGUGUUUCUGGUUUGUUGCACUACACGGGCUGCAUAGGAUGUAAAGCCCAUGAUACUUCUUUUUAACAGCAGCUUCAUUGACUGUCCAUGAACAAACCAGAGUGUUUUGUACAUGCUUUCAUCAUUUGGUGUGUUAUUUGUAGUGUACUGAAGGCUGAGUAUGCUGGCCAAGCAGCAGUGUUUACUACUAGUGAUUAUCAACACUUGGCACAUAGCACAUUGACACAAAUGUGAAAUACAGACAUACCAGUAGAUCCAAAUACACAUCCAAAGCCUGCAGAGAUGGUGCUUUUUUCCAUGACAAGUAUUAUCUCUGAUAUUUUAAAAAGAAUGUAGGGCUGUGUCUUCAGGCAGAUGAAGACAGGAACUAUUUUUAGAGGUUCAGAAAACGUCAUCAACUAGGAACAAUUAAUCUUUAGGUAUUUUAAUCUUGCAUGUGGUUUCCUAGCUGGGGCAAGACAUGAAGAACAGAGCUGCACUAACAGCUUUUCAGUUUAGGUUUUUGCCAGUGGUGCUGGGUAGGGUGGAGAAAGGGAAAAAACCUGAAGAUUAAUCAGAAAGCAUGAGGAGACACUGAACAAGAAAGGCAGUGCAAGAGUUUACUACAAAGAGAUCUAAGGGCAUUAUAAAUACCCAAAAAUCUGAAAGGCUGCUGCAAAUUGGGGAAACAGUUUGUCAAGUAGGGAUGACAUUAGAAUUAAUAGACUUAAUAAGGAAAUGUUGGUGCUGGCAGAAGGAAAAAUCCAGGAGUGGCUGACAGGGGAGGGGCUCAGCAGGACAGGGCAGUGCCCAGGGCAUGAGCUCCCUUGGUUCUGCCAGGAGAGAACUUUGCUUCUGGCAGCCUGGAACAUUUUCAGAACAAGACAGCUUUGUGUGCUACCAGAAGCUUCCUUUGGCCAGUGGCAUAAAAUAAUUUUCUUUUCACUGAUCCUCUCUAUCAUCUCUAUCAAAGAUGUGCUCUUCUGUGAGGGUUCCACCUUUUCCAGUUUUGCAAUUAAAUAUUCAGAUUAUGUGGAAUAAAGAUGGCAUUUUGCAAUCUGUAGAUUAGUGAUAGGUGAUGAAUAAUGGGUUUAAAUUGGAUUUUCUUGAAUUGGGAACUAGUGUACUGUACACAAUAAUCUAUAAUUUCAGGAACAAGCAGAGGACUUAACUUCAUGUGAUGCAGGGGCUCAGGCUUGGUUCUGUUUGCCAGAAGCUGUUGGUGAGUCCAGCAGCCAGGGGUUACAGGUGCACAGGCUGCUGCAAUUAUUUGGAGCUACCUUCCUUAGGUGAAGGUGGCGUUACAGUUUUAUCCAAUUUUCUCAUAAUAUUUUUCUGCAUGUCAGCAUGGAAGUUUAGCUCCAGAUGGCAAACUUCAUCCCGGUGUUUGUCUCUGAAAAAUUCUGAAAUUAUCUGCUAGCUAGAUAUUUUUUCCUUAAGAACUGCUUCCUGUUGACAGACAUGCAUUGUAUGUUGAGAACUGACUUUGAGUGUUUCAUGUAAAUAUUGGUCAGCUGAAAAUAUGCAGAGACAUGCUUUCAAAGUAAACCAGCUCAUCGCCAGCUUAUGCCCCAUCCCUGGACGUUCAAAGCUAGAUUGGAUGUAGCCCUGAGCAAACUGAAUCUAGUGGAUGGCAUCCCUGCCCGUGACAGGGGCUGGAAUGAGAUUAUCUUAAAGGUCCCUUCCAACCCAAACCAUUUUGUGAUUCUAAGAUUCUGUCAUAACUCCUAAAAAAAUUGAUGGCGUGGGCUGGUAGGAGCCCUGCAGUAGCCAACAGCUCAUAGUCAAGAGCUGCUGGAACAUCUCCAGCCCGGAGCAUGUGGCUCUUGGCAUGAACAGCAACACCCUGUAAUGCAGUGAGGGUUCCCAGAGCCGCCUGACCCUGGGUUGCACACAAGAGUCCUACCUGAUGUUUUCAAUACGCUAACUUCUUCCUUGAGCCAGAGGUUUGGAAUGGAUAGAAAUAGCUCUUCUGAAACAUAUGUCUGUAGUCAAGAAAUUGCCAUAAACCUGCCCCUUCUCCACUGUGGAUUCAAGCCUUGAGCACUGGCAUGGUGGGGAGCUGGUGCUGUUUGAGGAGGAGCUUCACCUGCAUUCCCCAGCAAGGAACCAGAAGAGAAUUUUAUUGUUCUGCUCUGACUGAAGUUGUUCUGAUUUAUGUUGAAGAAAAACUUCAAAAUAGUGGUUAGUUUGACAAAGUAAAAAACAACCUAUAGUGGCACAGUUUAAUUUGGUUUGGAUCAUAAUCUACUUUUUUCAUUUUCAGUAGUGGAGACUACAAAAAAUGUUUCUCAGAGAUGUUACAGCAGACCCUAAGCUGGCAGGAAGCCUGUGUGGGAAGCAGGCUGACUGCUCUGAUGGCCAGUGAGUGCUGUGCUUGGCCUGUGCUGGGGUGAGCAUGUCACCAGUGUGUCUUCAGCUCAUGCUUUGCCACUUGUCUUCUCCAACCUUUUGACUCCCAUUGAGAGCCCCACAGCCAGCACUGGUUGUGGGAGGGCAAGAAGGAAUCUCUUUGUCACAGAGCACUCCUGGUGCUGUAGGAAAGGCAUGAAAUGGAAUUGACCACUCUGCUCAGCCUGGGGCCUGGGCCACAUGCUGCAUUCCUCAUGGGGCUGAACACACAAAACCUCAGUCCUAAAGCCACUGAUAGGAACUGUGAGCUCUGGUACUUUCAGCCUAGCAACACAGGAAAGCAAAACCUAAGAAAAGUCUGAAUUUACAGCCCUGCCUAUGGAUGCUCUGUUCAUUGCUGACCAUGUUCCUUCAAGGCUGGAGGAACUGGGGUCUGAUAGACUUCCAGCAGGCCACGAGCCCCCUGUGACCCCUGCUAGUGUUACUUUACUAAAACCAAAUCAGAAAUGCUUUGGAUGUGGAUUGGUGGGAAGCUGGAAGCAAAAAUUUCAAGCAGUAUAAAGAUGAUUUAGAAGCUAAGACCCAUUUGGAGGCUUGACAGUAGCUGCUUUUAGAGAGGAAGUUGAUUCUUGGAGAUAACAUUAUCAGUCUUAAAUGCCUGGUGUCUUUGUGGAAAGACUUUGUAAUGGUGUUAAAAUAGUAGUAUGUAGGAUAGUAUAUGAAGAGUGCAACCUAAAAGAUUGUUAAAUUUAGCACUUGCAAAUGCAUCUAUUUACCUCUACGUAUGUACGCAUGAAGAAUAAACUUUAAGCUCAUUUCAGGUUCUGAAGGAAAGAUUUUCUCUUAAUCCAAUGUGUUACAUGUUUUUGCUGUUGUAAGAUCUUCUAUGCAGCUUGGCCCCUUAAUCAUUAAAAAAAAAAAAAUUAGAAAAAAAAUCCACAUUAAAAAACACCCCCUCCCUCCAUAAAAAGAGCAGCUAAGGAAGUUGGCCAGUGUGGGAGACUGGUAUGAAAACUUACUUGGAGUAUUUUUCCUGCAAAAAAAAUUUCAAACCCACAAGCUAUUGAAAUGAAGUGCAGAUGGGACAUAAAGAAUGAGGAAUUUAAUUCUCUCUAAAGAUGUAGUCAGUGAUGCUGAGACAAUGAAUGUCAUUCCCUGAGUCCCUGGUUCUUAUCUUGUCUGUCCUUACCUGUCAGUCAGUCUGUCAGUGGCAUACACCGCGGGGAUCAGUCCCCAGCUGGAGCUGAUUGUGGGGUUGUUGAUUCCCCAUGGGAAGAAGGUCCCUCUCCCCUAACUCAGGCUACUACUUGAUGACUUGCAAAAUUGUGCAUAUUGCAUGAUAUCUGCAAGGAUGGAUAAAUCAGUAAUUCUGUGACUUGUCUAUGAUACAAGUAUCUUCUACCUAUGGUACCAAGAUAUUUUUUUCUGCUGUUAUUGUUUGCAAGUAGUACAAAGUACAGACUGUGUCACUUCAUGGAUCCCUUCCUGUGCUGACACUAGAAGAGAGCCAUUGCAAAAACCAAGGGGAAAAGCAAGUUUGUUCCUAAGUAGUAAAAAAACAUUUUUGGCAAACAUUUCUGUUUUUCCAAAACUGUAGGUCUUACCGUAGUACAUGCAUCUGAUUUUCAGUUCAGUCUGGGUGGCCUUUUCCCACCCUAUGUCUAUAUGGAUCUUUAUGGUUUUGAUAUCAGCCCUCCCUCUGGCUGAAUUACAGCCUUCUAUCCAAUUGCACAGCAUAUCAUUAUAUAUAUAUAUUUUUUUUUUUAUAUGUAAAUACAUUGUAAUACAUAGGAUUUCCAGUGACCAGAUGUAGAUUAACUUUCCUUCUGUGAUGUAACAUGGGAAAAAACCUAUUUCAAAAUUAACAAGGAUGACAGAAUCUUAAGAAAACAGAUGGGAAAUAUCCCAAGGGUUUCUGCAGAGUGAAUUUUCUAUGAAACAAGAAAGCCCAAUUCUGGCAUAUAUAGAUACAAUGAAAGAAAGCAAACUUGAAAUUGGUCAGCUAGUCAAAUUGCAGGCGUUUAGUUUUUUCUUUCUGUUUUGCUUUUAAAAAACACUGGAAUUUCCUUUAGUCUUUUUUAGUUUAAAACUGUAAAAAAUUUCUAAAAGUGUCAAAUAAAGUUACCUAAUUUUUGAA